AUAGUACCAUGACCUACAAAUGUAAAAUUUGUGAUAAGUGUCUUGCUAGUAAACAGAGUUUAAGUUUUCAUAUCAGAAUCCACACAGGAGGGAGACCCUACAGAUGUGAAACAUGUAAUAAAUGUUUUGCUUAUUUGAACAAUUUUUUAAAUUGUCAUAUCAGAAUCCACACAGGAGAAAAACCCUAUCAAUGUAAAACAUGUAAGAAACGUUUUGCUCGUUGGAGCAAUUUGAAACGUCAUAUCAGAACUCACACGGGAGAAAAACCCUAUCAAUGUAAAACAUGUAAGAAACGUUUUGCUCGUUGGAGCAAUUUGAAACGUCAUAUCAGAACUCACACGGGAGAAAAACCCUAUCAAUGUAAAACAUGUAAGAAACGUUUUGCUCGUUGGAGCAAUUUGAAACGUCAUAUCAGAACCCACACAGGAGAAAAACCAUACAAAUGCACAGCAUGUAAUAAAAGUUUUGCUCAAUCAACCAAUUUGAAUAGACAUCUCAGAACCCACACGGGAGAAAAAUCAUAAAUGCAUAACGUAAUAAAUGUUCUGCUAAUUUGAGCGGUUUGAAUCAUCAUCUCAGAAUCUACAUAAGAGAAGAGCCUAAAUUGUGCAGAAUAUGUAAUAAACUUUUUGGGAACACUUCGUGUUUAACUCAUCAUCAUAGAUUGUACAGUAAAGAAACACCCUACAAAUGUUUUCUGAAGAAUGGAUAUCAGAUUGCCGUUGCAGAAGACAUCUGGUGGAGAUAGUAAUCAACUGUGAAAUAUCCCAUCAAAAUUUCUCCAGCUGAAUGAAAGGGAGUAACAACACAACGACUUAUUCAAAUGUAUUUCCGAGCAAUUAUGUUAGCAGCAAUCGUCGUUUCGAAGAACAAAAUCAUUUAAUUCAGAAUUUUCCCACUCUUUCUAAACACAGACCAUUGAUUUUGUUAUGUGUGUAAUAGUCAAUUCCAAACUGAAGCUUACCUGGAUGCUCAUUGUAUAAUGCACGAUCUAUACCCAUUUAAUUGCAUUGUUUUCAAGUGUUCUGUAGCCAUGAGGCUUUAGAAAAACACAAAACAAUACCCAAUUCAUUAGUGAAUUUGUUUUACCAUUUCAAUAAAUGCAGUGUGAUAUUUUGCUUGGGAAGACAAUUAUGAAGUUUAUCUUGAAUAUAAUAUAAAUUUUGUUUAAAAAAUUUCGAUUGACAAUAUGCCAAAAAAAAAUUUAUUGACAUUUUAAAGUAUUUUAAGUGAUUUUUAAAUAAAGUUUAUU